AAAAAAAAAAAAAAAAGUUGGUAACAUAAAGAUUCGGAUUUGAUCGAACCGUGGUCGAAGCGAGUGAUCAGUGAUCAUAAUUACGAUUUCACAAACAACCAAAAUGGACAACUCCGGUAAUCUCACUACACUGUCGGAGGAAUCGGAAGAACAACCCCAACAAUCUUCUUCACCUUCUUCUACUUCCGCUUUCUCUAACAUUUCGCCCCGCCCUCCUUCCCAGAGCUCUUCACAAAAAUACUCACCGUUAGAUUGGACAGACUAUUUCGAUCAGGAGGAUGAUAUUUGCAUACCGGACACUGAAAAUGUCUUUCAUGUAUAUAAGGCUGGUUCAGAAGGGCCGGUUGUAUUUUGUUUGCAUGGAGGCGGAUAUUCUGGGCUUUCAUUUGCAUUGUCAGCAAGUAAGAUUAAGGACAAAUCGCAGGUUGUGGCCAUGGAUUUGAGAGGACAUGGAAAAUCAAUUUCAGAUAAUGAUUUGGACUUGUCAAUUGAUACUCUAUGCACGGAUGUGUUGGCUGUUUUGAGCACCAUGUAUGGGGAUUCACCUCCAGCAAUCAUACUUAUUGGCCACAGCAUGGGAGGUUCUGUCGCUGUGCAUGUUGCUGCAAAGAGAACAUUACCCAGCUUGGCCGGACUUGUGGUUGUGGAUGUCGUUGAGGGAACAGCCUUGGCUUCAUUGGUCCACAUGCAAAAAAUUCUAUCAAGCAGGGCGAAGCAUUUUGCAAACGUGGAAAAAGCUAUUGAAUGGAGCGUCAAAAGUGGCUCUUUGAGAAAUAUUGAUUCUGCUCGUGUGUCAAUGCCUGCCACAUUGAUGUACGACGAGCCAAAGAAAUGUUAUGUUCACCGGUCUUGUCUGGAAGAAACAGAACAGUAUUGGAGAGGCUGGUAUGAGGGCCUUUCAGAAAAGUUUUUAUCGUCUCCUGUUCCAAAGCUCCUGUUAUUGGCAGGAACAGACAGACUUGACAGAACUCUCACUAUUGGUCAAAUGCAAGGCAAGUUUCAGAUGGUGGUUGUCAGACACACAGGACACGCCAUACAGGAGGAUGUCCCGGAUGAAUUCGCUACACUCAUCCUCAAUUUCAUCUCUAGAAAUCGGAUAGGCCCCCAUGGCAUUGAGAUACCUGGUCUUCGUAAGCCAGCAAAAUAGCGAGCUCAAACUACAUGCAACUAUUAGAAGAAAACAGACAGAUACUUGGAGAGUGGCAUUUGAACUGAAAGAGCAUAGAGGAUAAGUUCUGGGAAACGUAUGAAAUGGUACCUAGAGUUCCAAUUUUAGAAGAUUCUUUAUAAGUUCCCCUGUAGCAGUGUCCACAUACAGUAUAGAUGUCAUUCUUGAGUCAAUAUCUGAAUCUUUAGCUUAUUGUGAGGAUGUGUUACUCCCACAUUGAUGAGUUAGUUUCUUACUUAAUGUUUCUACGGACAUAGGCUUUUGAUAGAUUUUUCAUCAAACGAGAAUGUAGGGCAGACCUGGUCCAAUAUCUGACAGUUUCAUUUGCCAUCAGAUGCAUGAAAAGUUUUAAUUGUUGGGUAAUGA